AUGGCACCAACGGCUUCAGCGACAGCAGCGUUACCUACACUGACCCAAAGCGGUGCGCGAGUCGCCCUGCAAGCAGCAGAGCAACAUGCCAUUGAAGUUGGUGUGCCAAUGAGCAUCGCCGUGGUUGACGCGCACACUCAUCUCCUGUCGUUCACACGCAUGGAUGGCGCCAAAAUUACCUCCAUAAAUACUGCCAUGGACAUGGCUUUUACCGCCGCCGGAAAUCGAAUCCCCACCUCCGCAUACCAAGAAACACCAUGGCCGGGCAGCGCUACAUCUGGCAUUGGCAAUGCUAUUUCAGGACGCUUCACUACACUUGGUGGUGGCGUACCCAUUCUGUCAGUAGAGGGCGACAUACUUGGCGCGAUUGGCUGCUCAACGGGCACAAGCAUGCAGGAUGAGGCUGCGGCGAAGGCGGGGCGAGAUGCGGUGCUUGAACUUAUCAGGAAAGAGAAGGAAGCCGAAGAGGCACGAUUACAUGAGGAGAGGCAGGCCGUGCUUGCAUUGUGGAAGGAAAAAGAAGAAGAAGUCGGUAACCUAAGAGAGGAACUUGAGGUCAUGGACCGCAGCAGCAAAAGAAUGAGAUUCGACGGUGGCCGAUCAGGUAGCGCAAGCGUCGCCGGAAGUCUAGCGGGCAGAAGAUUGAGCGCACAAGGUGGGCUGGCACCAGACACGCCGCCCGACGAGAUCGAGCUGCAUCCCAGUUUUGUUGGUGAAGUCUCUGUCGGACGGUAUUGA